AGCAGUAGCAGCAGCGAUGGCUUGUGCCUCAGGUGUUAGGGUAAACCCUAAUAACCAGCAGCAAAAAGAGGAAGAGAACCUUAUCGAUGAAGACGAAGAAGAAUUCAUCGAGCUCGACUUGGAGGUGCUGAACCGGAUUCCGACGCCGAGGUACUACGAGAGCUAUCAGGUAACCAGCGAUGCCCUCCUCGCCAACUGCCUCCUCCCCGUCAGGUACGUAUGCAACGCUAUUCCCAUUGACAGCAGCUUGCAUGGGCAGCACCCCUCGAUGAAGCCGCAGCAGUACUACUACAAACUACCUCCCAUGGUGACGACGACAGGCACCAAGAGUAGCCCAAGUCAAAUAAGCUGAACGUUUCUGUGAGGACCUCCAUUAUCAGAAGAAUCACAUCCUCUCACUAUCAUUAAUCCAAUUCAUCAAAUAUAACAAUAUGUUGUGGCUUUCAGGGAGCCGAUAGAUGAGCAUUUUGGAAGGAUUUCAAAUCAAGUAUACAAUUUUUUCAGUAUAUUCAUUUUGUGGGGAUAUAUAACGAGGAUAAUUCAUUUUCGUGUUGGUGUGAUGCUUCAUUUUAUUGUACAUGUACCCUUCAAAAUAUAGAAAACUCACCUAUGCUCUCAAAAUGAAGAAGAUGGUCAGCAAAUGAUCAACUUCAGAGGUGCAUCUACGACAUUUCGAGGGGCAUCAUGAAUGCCUAUGACACUUCGUAACUUUAAAGUGUAUAUAUGAUAAUGCGGGAAAAGUCUCCUAUGUAGCUUUGUCUUAUUAUCUGCUAAGGCUUUUAGAGAA